ACCACUUUCACAUGUCAGGAGCCGGGGGGUCAUGAUAGGGACGCAUGCAAGCCAUUGCUCCUGCUGCUGCUUGCUACCUACAGCUACAGACAAGUUCGAUACUACCUACAGAACUGUCGGUCGCCUUACCAAAUGUACUUGCCCGUCCUACCUUGAUAAUGCUCUUACCUUAAUUAUUCUUCCUAUCGCUGGGUUUGCCGCCGAAGCUGUUCCGUCCAAGGAGAGAUAGCUAAACGACCAAUGCGACAAUGUGAGGUGCUUGCACACACGCACCUGCCCUGCGGGUUUUACUGCCCACGGGCGGGACGGACAGGGAUAGGUGCUUUUAGAAGCUGCCGUCAGCA